GUUUUAUAUUAUUUAUAGUGCAACAAGUAAUUUAAGUUUUUUAGUUGUCAAGUCUAAAUGGAAGUGAUCUGAAUUCUAAAAGGAAAUUAUAUUUUGUUUCUUCAAACAUAUAACAGGUUCCAUUUUCAAUGAGUAACUGGUCCACAUUGAAAAAUACAGAUGGCGGCACGCGACAAAAAAGCGCCUGCUGGAAGUGGUAUCACUAACAAGAGACAAAAUAGUGGAGUAUCCCCUGUUCCAUUACGUGAAAAUAAUUCUCCACUAACAAAUACAAGCGCCAACACAACAAUGCCAGCAACGUCUCAAACCGAAACAUCGUCUACAGAAGCAAAUCUUACAGAAAAUGAUUCCGAGGCAUCAACACAGUCAAAUGAAGAUAAAACAGAUACAAAAAAGGGAGCUAAAGCAAAAGAUGACUUACAAACUAAAAAACCAGAAACACAAACUGCUUCUUCAACAGACACAGCUGGUGCAGCAAAAGCUACUCCAAAACGUGGUGGACGUCGAUUGCCACCGCCAAAACGUAAUGUUGGCAUCAAAAAUAAGUUAAAAACAGACUUAAAAGCAAAAAGUAAAGUUGUUAGGCGUAAACCAAUUGCAAAGCGAAUAACAACUGCAGCAAAUAUCGAAUUUGAAGAAAAUCCUGAAAAGAAAACCACAUUAAUGAAAAAUGGUAUAAAAAAUACGACCAAAUUAAAUAAAAAAGAGACAACUACAACCAGCUCCGAUGAAAAUAAACCUGUUACACCUACGAAAGUUGUAAAGAAAAAACAAACAAAAUUAACUAAUUGGGGUAAAAAACUUGGUGAAUUUUCACCAACCAUUGUUGAAAAACAUUUAGAAAAUUUGGAUCAAGUUAUUAAUGAAAUGAUAGCCAAAGUUUCGGCAGCAUCCGAUAACGAAGAUGACGAGAAAAAAGAGAGUGAGAAAAAAUCUGAACCUGAGAAAGCUGCUCCUUCACAAAAACCUGAAAAUGAGAAAUCAACGGAAAAUCAAACAGCGUCACCAGCAACGGAGACAACAACGCCCCCAGCAACGACUACAACAACGCCACCGGCAUUGACGGCAACAACGCCAUCAGUAACGGUAACGACCCCAACUAAAAAAGGUCGUAAAAUAGUCAAGAAAAAUAUCCUUGGUCAAACUGCAGCUAAAAAACGACAAGAGUCAGCUAAACGACAAAAAAUGGAAGAACAAAUAGCAAAAGAUACCGAAUUAGAUUCAGAUGCUCAAAAUGUAAUAAAUCAAUUAGGUUUAGUUGUAACUGCUGCCAACCUAGAAAAGACUGUUGAAAUAAAGAAACGUCGGCGGCAUAGUAUUGAAAAGGCCGCGAAUUUCAGUUUAAACGAUACCAAACGCUUAAACACUGUUUUACAACCGGACUUCACUACACAAUUAUUAAGUACAACCGUACCACGAAGUGGAAGUCCUCGUUCAAAACGUGGUGGAACUCGACUGGCUCGACUAGCUCGUUCUACUGGCGUUGAAUUAUUACGCAUGGGAAAACGAAGUCCAUAUAGUACGCGUUCCGAUUCCCCAGCACGAAUUCUACGUAACGGGAAACACAGAAAACUAAAAGAUUCACAAUUACUUGAUGGGACGGAACUCGAACAUAAGAAAAAGCGUCGUAUACACUCAGAUUCUCGAGAAGGUAGUGAAGUAUCAAAGAAUUCUGGAUAUUGGUCUGAAUCAGAGAGUAGUUAUUGUGAAAGCACAGUAUCUGCGAUUGAAAAUGGUGUUCCAGAUAUUCAAUUGGAUAUUGAUCCAUUAAAACCGUUAGAUGAUAAAAAGGAACCAGAAACUCCAACCGAAAUUAAAAAUGAAGAACUUCCUACGGCUGUUGUAUUGGAAACUUCAAUGCCCGAAGAUAUGCAAACCGAUAAUAUUGACAGUGAAAAUAAUAAUAGUAAAAUUGAGAUCAAAGAUAAAUUGAUCGAUGUUGAAGAAUGUAUUCCCGAAAAAGUGAUAAUUUUAAAUAAAAUGGCGAAAAAUUUUAAUGAUGUUCAAGACACUGCUACGGAUGUUGCAUGGAAAAAAUCACCACGUGAUGAUUGUCAGAAAAACCUGAAAGAUGAGAAAAUUGAAGAGUUGAAAGUAGAUGAUAAUAGCACUGAUAUAGAAAUAGUUGAUGAUAAUAAUAAGACUGUCAGUACAAAACCGUUAUCCUCCGAAGAGAAAACUGAUACGAAAGAGGAAAAAACGAUAGAUAAUGAUAAUGACAUUUUAGAUAUAAGUGAUAAUUCAAUUAAUUUUAAUAAUUCCAUUGAGAAUACUUCAGAUUUUGUAUUAAAACUAGAGCUAAGUAGUGAAGAUAUUUCACUUUCACCAGAAAAAGAUCCUUUAGCCGAUGACGAUGAUGACCAAGCAAUCAAGGACGAAACGUUAAAAGUCCUAGAAAAUAUGGUAGAUAAAAUCUCCGAUGACGAUUUCAUGGAAAACGAUAGUAAACUAACCGAUGAACUGAAAGAAAAUACAAUUGAAAACAUAUUAAAAUCCAUAGACGUUCCAAUGGAACCAACACCCACAGUGAUUAUAAACGAUUCGGUCUUAAAAUCACUCGAUCUGAACACGGUAGAUGUCACCUCAAAAUCCGUCGAACCGUCGAAGAAUUCAUUAGAAAAUAUAUUAAUUACUGCUCACACAAAUUUAAUAAUUGAAACACCAGAGAACCAAGUCAUUAAAGAAAGUAUACUGAACGCGCUUGGAUUACAAAGUUUGAAAGCUGCCGCUGAAGCUAAAGUUGCGGCGAAAAGUAAAAGAAUACUUAAUCGGAAUACGGCUCAAGGAACAACAGAUAGUUCAUAUACGGGAACAUUAAAGACUGUUAUUAAGAUAAAUCGUUCACCAGAAAAGAAAAAGGGACGUGGACAUUUAAAGAUGACGUUUCAGAAGAGUAAAUCGAAGAAUUAUACUUCGAAUGGUGGAGAUUUGGAGGGUGCUGGUAGCUCUCCUGAUAUGGAUAAUAAUACUUACUACAAAGUUAUGAAAGAGGUCAAUAAUGCUGCUUGGAGUACCGGAGCACAAUCAUCAGAUACAGCUGGUGCGAAUCGAAAAUCACAUUAUCCUUCUAAUCGCUCUAACACUGAUGGUAGCAGUGAACAUAUGUCAGAUGAAGGUGGGGCUGGUGAUGGGGAAGAAGCUUCUGGUAGCUCUGGUAAAGCUAAAACACUUGUCAUACCAGAGAAAGCCAGUUCAUUUAGUAUUCACCCACAACGAUUAUGUCGUGACGAAUGUUGUUAUUGCUUUGGUCGUUUUGGAUUAUUCGAUACACCAUGUCAUAUAGCUCAAAUGAAAAGCUCAGAAAGACAACGAAAAAUUUUAGAAAUUGAAAAACAUUUAACACCCGAUUCAUGUUUGUGUGACGCUUGUUAUCGACAUGUCGAUCGUAAGGCGAAUGUUCCGUCCUACAGUAAGCAGCAAUUUAAACGUAGUAAUUCGGCUGGACCAACAAAUGUUGGACCACGGAUAUGUCAUGCGCUUGGUUGCCAGCAGGAUGCAACGCAUAGUGUGCGAAGAAAAUGGAUAUUGAAGAUGAAACGGAAUAUUCAACAAAGUGUCCAAUUUGAUUUGGAUCCAACACAAGGUUUACAUUCGAUACCAGUAUGCGAAACACAUUUCGAAGCGCUAGAACGUUUAAUGGCAUGUGCAAUGUGUAAAAGACGUUUGCCACGUAAUCAUGCCCAUUCAAUUGGUUUCCCUGAAGCGGAAACACUCAAUGAAGCAUUUGAACAACAUAAAUUGCCCAUACGUUUAGCCACGGCCAGUGCGAGUACUUCCACAGAUGGUGCUGGAGGUGAUGAUAAUAAAAAUAUGAAUAGUGGAUGUAGUGUUGUUUGUAAAUUAUGUAAUUAUUGGGCGUCAUUGUUGUUGAAACCGCCGGAUAAUGCUCGAUCACAUACAAUUUCAUUUUUUGAAAGUUACGAGAAAAGAUUAUUACACUUCCACGAUGGUGAACUGAUAGAUGACCCAGAAACCGAUGACACAACAUCUUUCACAGUUCCAAAACUUGAUAGAGAUAUCAAUAAACAAGCAGGGAAGAAAAACAGGAAAAAACUAUCAAAAACGUUAAGCACUAAACACAGUAUCUCUUCCGAACAACCACCACAAUCUCAAGAAACUAGCAAUGACCCCCCACCAUUAACUGCAAUAACAACAAAUGAAUCAAGUGGGGGUACCUCUUCUGCAUUACCUGAAGAAAUAGUUCAACCCGAAUUAAUGGAAACAGAUCCUCCAUCACGACCAGAAAACACAACAGAUAAUUCAACACAGUCGCAACGAGUGCCUUCAACAGAUGAAAAUCGACAAAAAUCGCGGUCCAAUUCACCAAAAUUAGAUACAGAAAAUGAUGUACCAGAAGCUCAACGUACAAAUAAAGAAGUGCCUCAAAAAGCAAUAUUUCUACGGCGUUUACCUAAAGAUUCUAAAUAUAUUGUAGAAUUACAUAAAGUGUCAAAUAAGGAUAAUAAUCCACCAAAAAAGUUCGCACCAUCUUCGGCUUUGUCUGGCUCGAAUCAAAAAGUUGUGGAACGCUUGGAAACGAAUCCAUCAAUCUCCGUUCGGCAAUUAUUCCCCGGCGAAGAUGAUCUAUCGUUACAAGGUUCCGUGGAAUUUGGCAACGUGAAGGAACGUACUCCUGAAGGUUGGGAAAAGUGCGCGAUGACGAUCCAAUAUGAUCACGAUACUAAACGUUUAUGGCAAGAAUUACAAAAACCGUAUGGCAACCAUAGCAGUUUUCUACGGCAUUUGAUACUUUUAGAAAAAUAUUUUCGAAAUGGUGACUUAAUUUUAACUCCAAACGCCAGUCACCAUGCGACAAAUUAUUGUGAAAGCGUACAAAAUCGUUUACGGGCAUACGAUAAUAUACCAUCACAUGGGGCUACUAACAUGCAACCCUUAGCAAUGUUACCAUUUAAUACCCCUCCAAGUACGCUUCCACGGAAACAGACCAUCAGUCAGAGUGGUAUAAUCACUGGGAUUGGGAAUAAUUCGACGACAAUUAAACCCCAAAUUCCAAAAACAAGUACACCACUUCUCGGAAAUAGUUAUAUGCCCCCCAAUUUUGUAUCACCUGUAAAUAUACUUCGUCAACAACGACCUCCAAGUGUACCACCCGGUUUAAUUCAACUACAACAACCCUCCAGUGCACCAACGGUCUCAAGAUCGCAAAGUACGAUACUUCGUUUUCCAACCAACGUAACGGCGCCUAAUCGUCGGCCAUUUAUGGCAAAUCGUGUACAUAAACAAAUCCAACGACCGACACUUAUACCCUUAACACAGAAUAAAGUAGCAGCAACAAUUACGUCAGGUGCUUUAACACAAAAAUCAAUUGGGGGUGAUAUAAAACGACCCCCAGGUUUAGUACAAGUAAUGUCCGGUGGUAAAGCAUAUCAUUUAUCGAUUAGCGAUUAUAAUCGUAUGUGUGCGAUUAAACAACGUGAAGGAAUUGAUUUACGACCCAUCCCUAAAAAAAUUGUUUCGAGUGGUGGUCAAACAAAUACAACAUCGGGUGUUUUAAAUACGGUAUCAGUUUUACGGCAACGAUCACCGAAUUUAACGGCACAAAUUACACCAAAGGAUAAUUUAGGACCAAAUAACAAUAAUAAUAAUACGAAAAGUGUUUUAGACCAAUUAAAAUCAAGUGUUCAAAAUUUAAAUGAAAGUGUUACGCUUCAAUCAUCACCACCGAAUUUAACACAAAUUGAUACUUCCAAUCCAAAUAACCCUCCUACUACCGAACAGAAAAAACAUGUUAUGAUUCUUCCAAAAAUCCCAAAAUCCUUAACAGUUAUACCACAAACAGUGCGCAAAUCAAUUGACACAUCUCCAAAUCAUUCUGCUACCACUGCUGUUGUUAUACCAACAACAACGUGCACUCCCUUUACAAAUACAAAUACCUUACCCUCCGCCGCAACAGCCGCUUCAUUGAACAAUAAUAAGCAACCUUCCUGAUAACUGAUUUUAUAUUUAUAAAUUUAAAAAAUCAAAAAAAAAUAAUAUUUAAUUAUUACAACUGAGAUAUUCAAGUGCCUGACAAUUUUCAAAAUGAAGUUUUUUGUUUAAAAAAAAUAAUUAAUUGCCUUAAUUUAUCCUAAAACUUAAUUACUAAGCAAAAUAAACUCGUUUUUGUAACUCCAAAGAAUUUGUACGUAAUGGAAAAGUGAAAAAAAAAAACUAUGAAGAAAAGUAAAUGAAUGCUCCCUCGUUCUCCUUUCCU